CCCCCAAUUCCAGCGGCUGAUCGACGGCCCCGGCCGGCGAGUAUGGAGGUUCACUCUUCGACCGGGGGCGCGCUGAAGCUUCCCGAGAUCAAGAGUCGGAUGAUCGACGAUAUUCCGGAGGAUUUCGAGGGGGAGAUCGCCGGCGUCAAGGUCCGGCCGUUGAGACAGGCUGCGAGGAAGAGUGCGGUUCUGAAACCGACGGUUCAGGAAGAAGAGGGGGAUGAAGAGGACAAGAAACGCUCCUCAACCUGGCGACUCAGUCAACGCAAGUCAAUGAUCGAGCUUUUCAGUCUUCUUCAAUCCACCGCAGCAGCCGUCGCCGCGGCCCCGAAGUUCUCGAACCUCAAACUACCUCUCACUCAGAGGUCGCCCUUCCGCUUCUCCACCAACGCCGUCGUCGAUGAAUCGCCCUCCUCGGUAUACUCCACCACAGCCACCACAACCUCACCAUCUCGAUCAGCAGCACCACCACCACCCACAACGCCAACCAAGAAAACCAAGCUCCCCUCCCCACCACCACCCACGCCUCCCCCGAAAUCCCCCAAACAACUCCUCCAACAACGGCCCCUCCCGCAGACCCCGCAACGCAAGCCCCGACACAGCAGCUUCCAAGAGCAAAUCUCACCCCCAACGGUAACCUACCGCACCACCUCAAGCUCAAGUCCCACCAAGAAACAACGCCGAAUGGGCACCGUCCUCUUUCCUCUAACCUCCUCCUUCCGUCCCAGCGGUGGUAACAACAACAACAACAACAACAACAACAACAACAACAACAACAACAACAACAACAACAACAACAACAACAACAGCAACAGCAACAGCAACAGCUCAGACGUGACGACGAUUCCGACAACCAACCCUCCCUCCCCUUCCCGUCGUCAGUCUCAUCUCCAAAAAAAUGCACAGACUCUUUUUUGCUAGCCACGGAGUUCGGGGUACCGGUGCAGGGGUUCGGGUUCUCUUUUGUUGGUGUCUAUGGUCUAUCUCGGGGGGGUUGGUCGCUUCUUUAUUGAGGGCUUUGUUCGGCUUCUGAGGACUUUUCUGUUACUUGUAACCCAAGAAAUCACCCUUGUAUCACCUUUGGGUUUUCUCUUCUCUUCCAUGGUGUAUUUACUUUCUUUGAGAUGAUUGUAUCAUCUGUUUCUAUGGGGGUGUCUACUUUCUUUCUGUGUGUGUGUGUGUUGAUUAGUUACGGGCCUGGUUGUUAGUUAUCUGUUGAUCGGGUCUGGGGUGUACCUUCUAGGGUUCUAUUUCUGUGACAGUUACUGGGUGCGAUGACUACCGUAUCAAUUCCUACACCUCGGUUUCUC